UCAACAGCCAGGAUCACCAUAUCCACCACCACUACCAAACACAUAUCCCCCCUCACUAGUCUAGUUCCCGCUCCGUUUUCCUACCCCCGAACCCCCCCUCCACCAACAAUCCCUUCACAGUCGCCCUCCUCCUCCUACUGUGCGGUGUGAUAAGUGCAAGGAUAUCCGGGACUAACUAACUCAGUUACUGUGACAUUCAUCGUUCUCCGGCGAUUACCAUCUGCAGCAUCUUGCAUCAAACAUGAAUCUCUUCAGCGUAUUCUUCGCCUUCGUCCUGACCGUGGCUACCGUCGCCGCGCAGCGCUUCGGAUUCCCACAGACGACCCAGUUCGGGUUGGCCUCGCUGACCGGUGACUUUGGUGGUCCGACCGCCUUCGGUGGACAGGAUUUGUCAGGUAGUUUGAACGCUGGUAUCAGAGAUCCAAGACAGAACCGAGGACCAGUUGUGUUCCCGCCUGCCCCGGCCGAUGCCCCGGUUGAGUCGAGCGGAGUGAUCGUCGGUGCUUCCGGAUACGGUUUCGUGCCCCCGAACACGCCCCAGAAUUUCUACUAAUUCUGCACGACCUCCAAUGGCCACCACCACCAACCCUCAACCCUCCUGAUUCCUUCACAACUUCCUACUCCAACUUCCCACCGUCAUCCCUGAUCCUACAACAAACCUACGUGGAUGUCUGGGACGUCCCUUUGGACCCACCCGAGAAGCCCGAAGACGGUCGACGAGCGGCGUAACGGGUGCAGCGCCGCUGGCUAACUCGCGGUGUGGCGUACUAGGCGCACGAACCGGUGGUGGAUGAUGUGGUAGUCGAGAAACUACCGCUUGAAAACUACGUUGUUGUGUGACUAACCGCGUUGUGGAGAACCGUUCUAGCACUACUUCAAAACCCAGCAGCACCAACCAACUCUGAGUGUACAUAUCGCCUUCUCCAACCUUCUUUCCACCAAAACCCUCGUUUCUUCCCGUUGCAGAUGCGAAUGCGCUGUACAGAAGCUUGCGAUACUUCUAAGUCACUUACAAUACAAUGACCGAAAACACACCUCAACACACUCACACAACACACAAACACGGGUAAUCCAACAAACGGCUCACCGAUCAGCCCACCGACGAGCUGACCCGAAUUCCCUAUUCCCCCAUUCACCUGCUCCCUUUCCCCCCACCCUCGACUUCCACACUACCUACUCAUCAUCCCCUCAUGUACCCUCCGUCCAGUCCGUCACACAUUUUCAAGAUCACUAGGCCAAUGCGACACGAGACGGCUGGUGGGGAUGUGGAGGGGGGGAAGUUUCCGCAUCCGCGCACACCACCGGUUGCAAGUACAACACUAAGUAGCACAUGGCCACCACCACCACUAGACCCCGGUCACACAGUCACCAGACCACGUUGUAGUACACCGCACUCCCAGAGCCAGCAGAUCCGAUCAUGGUCUGGUCGGAAGUUAGGAAGUUAGUAGUAUGGCCACCCAGCGAUGGCCGGAGGCGAAUCCCCAGGUCCCAACCCCGGGCACAUCCCGGCCUGCAUGGAAAGUGUUUGAAUUUGAUGCCAUAUCAAAUUGUUUGACAACAAAAAUCCACAAACUUCAAGCGCGAGAGGACAGUCAGUGACGUCAGUGACAAGUUGUGUGACGUUGUCUUUGACCGCGUUUUGUCUUUUGAUCUGCUCUGUCGGUCCUCUCGCCUACUUUCGAUUACUAUAUUUGUUACUUGACUAUGAUUAUGUCUGUGUGUGUGUGUGUCGCGAUCUAUCGGAGAAGGUCCAGGCUUGGGACUUCCAGGUCCCGGUUCCAGGAUCGGUGCACAAGAGGGUAGAUUAAGUAAGCAAGCUAGGAUCGAUAUUUAUUAGUAGGAGAAGGAUCUAGUGAUGAAAAUAUGUGCCUCCCCUGUACAGCCCUUCCCUUCCCUAUAUCCCCAAAACCCCCCCCAAAUGUCCCAAUUCCUAACACAUUCUUAAAACACACUAAGAAACACAACGCACGCGUACAAACGAUGUAGAGUGUGAAUCGCGCGGAAACACCCUGUAUAAAGCAUGACAACCUCAAGCACGUGGAACAUCCAAGCAACCACCACCUUCCUGUCCUGUACCAUAUUAUGCCAACAUCCCCCUUUUCUUGUACAAACGAUCCUGGGUGAAUAGAAGAGAGAACGAGCGGAUCAACUAAGCGAGGGAUCGCGCGUGGGGCGGGAGCAUAUGUGUAUGUACCCCCUCCCCCGGGGGAGGGGUUCCCCGGGAUCCGGUCUUCGUUACUCUUGUGUGUACGAUAGUUUGUAGCGAUUAAUUGGUAACUUAAUAAAUUAUUGUACAGAUGACA